AUGGCAACACGCGAGGCAGUGGAAGGGGUGAGUGGUCGGCUACGUAUGGCCCUGGACCAGGAAAGCUUUGCACCCGGUGAGGUUCUUCGUGGCGUGGUGAAGCUCGGCAUGUUGGAGCUGAUCGAGGCGAGAGAGCCGCUUGCGGUGGUUGUUCAGGGCAAAGAGAUGUUGUCGUGGGACGAAGGCCGUGACAGUCCCGUCACGAACGCUUUCGACCAGAUUUUCCUACAACAAAAGGUUGAGUUGUCGACGUCCGCGAUGUACGAAGCCGGCGAGUGGGAGUACCAGUUUGAGCUUCCGUUGCCACUGCACUUGCCCUCGAGUUUUGAGCUACUCGACAUUUACACUGAAGCAGUGGACCGUCUCCGCGUGCAGAUUACGUACCAAGCGACGGUGUGGCUUCGGUCGAGCAGCGACGUGGUCGGUUAUUUGACUGCUGCUCAAGCGUUUGCAGUGCACGAGCUGUCUACGAUCACGCCACCUGCGAGGGCUCUCGAAGUCUCGGCUUCUGAGGCGGUGCACUGGCUGCACUGCAUCAAGCGUGGCGAGUUGCAGCUCGUGGUCACGAUUCCGAAAGACGUGUAUGUUUCGGGUGAAGUGGUUCCGCUUCAAUGUUGUGUGGACACAACGGCCUGUAAGACAUCGAUCACGUCCGUCGCGGUGGCACUCGUGGAAGAUGUGGUGAUGCGGAACUUGGGGGACCGACCCGACUGGACCCUCUCGCGCGUGCUGUCAACGGAACACUUUGCUGGGCUACAAGCUGGUUGUGUCCGAACACAAGCGACGCGGGUUGAGCUUGUGGAAAACGAGAAGCGCAGUCCCGUGAACCCCGACGUGGACGCGCACUUUGUCCAGUGCUCUCAUCGCGUGAUUGUCCAGUGCAAGCCGUGGUUUGCACAGAGUGUCGUGUCUACGGCUGGUCGUGAAAGUCCAUAG